AGCGGCGCUGAGGCAGGGUAGCUCCGCCGGGCGGGAGGCGGCGGCAGCGGCAGAAGCCAGAGCCGGGUAGGGCCCUCCGCCGGCCGGGGCGCCGCGCCGCACCCGGGCUCCUCGCCCUGCCCGCGCCGGGGGCUGCCCCCGUCUUACCUCGCCCCGCGGGGGCGCUUGAAAGCGGAGCGCGAAGGCGGCGGCGGCGGCGCCGAGCGGGGACGAUGCCGCUAGCGCAGCUGGCGGACCCCUGGCAGAAGAUGGCUGUGGAGAGCGCGGCCGAGAGCAGCACGGAGAAUGGACAGCAAAUUAUGGAUGAACCUAUGGGAGAAGAAGAGAUUAAUCAGCAAACUGAAGAAGGCAAUAUCAAAGAGAUUGCAAUAACACAUCAUGUAAAGGAAGGACAUGAGAAAGCGGACCCAUCACAGUUUGAACUUCUUAAGGUUCUAGGACAGGGUUCUUUUGGAAAGGUAUUUCUUGUCAAAAAAAUCUCAGGAUCAGAUGCUAGACAGCUUUAUGCAAUGAAGGUAUUAAAAAAAGCCACACUGAAAGUUCGAGAUCGUGUUCGGACAAAAAUGGAACGUGACAUCUUAGUGGAAGUUAAUCAUCCUUUUAUUGUCAAGUUACACUAUGCUUUUCAAACAGAAGGAAAGCUAUACCUUAUUUUGGAUUUUCUCAGGGGAGGAGACUUGUUUACACGCUUAUCCAAAGAGGUGAUGUUCACAGAAGAAGAUGUCAAAUUCUACUUGGCUGAAUUAGCACUUGCUUUAGACCACCUACAUAGUCUUGGAAUAAUAUACAGGGACCUAAAACCAGAGAAUAUACUUCUUGACGAAGAAGGACAUAUCAAAUUGACAGAUUUUGGCUUAAGCAAAGAGUCGAUCGAUCAUGAAAAGAAAGCGUAUUCCUUCUGUGGGACAGUAGAAUAUAUGGCACCAGAGGUAGUUAAUCGACGAGGCCACACACAGAGUGCAGACUGGUGGUCUUUUGGUGUUUUAAUGUUUGAAAUGCUCACGGGUACUCUACCUUUCCAAGGGAAAGACAGAAAAGAAACCAUGACUAUGAUUCUCAAAGCCAAACUUGGAAUGCCCCAGUUUUUAAGUCCUGAAGCACAGAGUCUUCUCCGAAUGCUUUUCAAACGAAACCCUGCAAACAGAUUAGGGGCAGGUCCAGAUGGAGUUGAAGAAAUUAAGAGGCAUUUAUUUUUCUCCACAAUAGACUGGAAUAAAUUAUACAGAAGAGAAAUUCAUCCACCUUUUAAACCUGCAACUGGCAGGCCUGAGGAUACAUUUUAUUUUGAUCCUGAAUUUACAGCAAAAACACCGAAAGAUUCACCUGGUAUUCCACCUAGUGCUAAUGCACAUCAGCUUUUUCGGGGAUUCAGUUUCGUUGCUAUUGCAUCAGAUGAUGAAAGCCAGGCAAUGCAGACAGUUGGGGUUCAUUCAAUUGUUCAGCAGUUGCACAGGAACAGCAUUCAGUUUACUGAUGGAUAUGAAGUAAAAGAAGACAUUGGAGUUGGUUCUUAUUCUAUCUGCAAGAGAUGUAUACAUAAAGCUACCAAUAUGGAAUAUGCAGUUAAGAUUAUUGACAAGAGCAAAAGAGAUCCAACAGAGGAAAUUGAAAUCCUACUGCGCUAUGGACAGCAUCCAAAUAUUAUUACCCUUAAAGAUGUGUAUGAUGAUGGAAAGUACGUAUAUGUGGUAACAGAACUUAUGAAAGGAGGAGAACUCCUGGACAAAAUUCUUAGGCAAAAAUUUUUCUCAGAACGAGAAGCUAGUGCUGUCCUGCUCACAAUAACGAGAACUGUUGAGUACCUCCAUGCACAAGGGGUUGUUCAUAGAGAUCUGAAACCUAGCAACAUUCUUUACGUUGAUGAAUCUGGUAACCCAGAAUCAAUUCGAAUUUGUGAUUUUGGCUUUGCAAAACAACUAAGAGCAGAAAAUGGUCUUUUGAUGACUCCAUGUUACACAGCAAAUUUUGUUGCUCCAGAGGUUUUAAAAAGGCAAGGCUAUGAUGCUGCUUGUGAUAUAUGGAGUCUUGGUGUCCUGCUUUAUACUAUGCUCACUGGCUACACUCCUUUUGCAAAUGGCCCUGAUGAUACCCCAGAGGAGAUAUUGGCACGAAUAGGUAGUGGAAAGUUCUCUCUCACUGGUGGUUACUGGAAUUCAGUUUCAGUUACAGCUAAGGACCUGGUUUCAAAGAUGCUUCAUGUCGACCCACAUCAAAGAUUGACUGCUGCCCAGGUUCUUAGACACCCUUGGAUAGUUGACUGUGACCAGUUGCCUCAGUACCAGCUAAACCGACAGGAUGCUCCACAUUUGGUGAAGGGUGCCAUGGCAGCCACAUACUCUGCUUUGAACCGCAAUCAGUCACCAGUUUUAGAGCCAGUAGGCCGUUCUACUCUUGCUCAGAGGAGAGGUAUAAAAAAAAUUACCUCAACAGCUUUGUGAAGUGACCUCAACCAGAUACUUGGUACCAUGGUAUAAGAUGAUAGCACAAAUCAUGGCAACAAGUAGCACAUAUCUGCAAGCACACUCUGUCCCAGCUGGUACCCAUAAUGCUGCUGCUCCUAUUGUUGCUACUGCUUUCAUCUAUUCUCCCUUUAAACUGUUGAUGGCAAGUUACUGACCUUUCUGGAGCUUUGGAUGGAGUGAAAAGUGGAAACACAAUGAAAAUGAACACGUUCACUGAUUGAAUAAACUAGAAGAAUUAUGAAUGCCAACUCUAUCAUAAAAAUACACUGAAUAAAGCACUCUGCACCAUAUAGCAUUAUUUUUAUAAAAAAUAUUUCUUGUCCCCUAAAAUAUUCUUUGUUACAUGUUGGGAUGGACAGUUUAUGUUAAGCACUUAGCUUAAACAAUCUGUUUAUGUUAGCACUGUAUACUUUGUGCCAUCCAACAUUUUGUAUGUUUUUGUAAACAAUUCAUAAGCAGUACUUUUUUGUGCUGUUUUCUUUAAUGUAUACAUGCCUUGGUUUAUUUAGAUUUUAUUAAUCAUUUUGACAAUUAACUCUGGUUAAACAGUUCACCUGGAUUAAUCAGUAUUGUUGGACAGCUCUAAAACAGCCUUGACUGUUAAACAGCUAUUGAAUGUAAUAUUAUGAAUGUGUAUUUUUCCUUGUCUGUCUUUUCUACAUUUCCAUGUUUUUGAAGUUGCAUGUCUUUUAUGAAGACCAGAGAGAUGUUGUUGUAUUAAAAAUUUAAACAGUGGGUUUCUCACACAUGUAAUAGGUAAUGCAUCCAUAAGAAAAAGUAACUUGUUCCACCUCACCCCCAUCUCUUUUCCCCUGUUUUUCCCCCACCAAUUACAGGACUCAGGAAUCGUUGCUAAAUAGUUUUCCCUUUCAAGACAGUUGUUUCUUGCUUAUUCUCAUAACUCAUUUAAUAUUUUUACUUUUAUUUUAUUACUUUAGUUAAGAGCUGACAAAUAUGUUGUUCAGCCGGUGCGGGCAUUAGAGAGUUAGAGAAGAAAUGUAGUGCUGACUCUAAAGCAAAAGACAAUGUCCAUUGAUAAACAGAAGCUUACCAAAAAUGGAUGUAAACUUUGUCUCUUGUGGUUAGAAUAUACUGGACUGAUUAAUUUCAUUUUUUUCAUUCGUGUGAUGCUCUUAGUUUACAGUCCAAAGCAAAGUCAGAGAAGAACCAUCCAGUACUUCCAACUGACAUCUGAGGUUCUAGCACCAUAAUUGGUCUCCUUGGGCCACUCAUCGCCAGUCCAGGCACCCUUAAAAUUGUACUGUCCAAGUCAAGUAAAACAAAACCACCCUUUUCGUGUUCCUUGAUGGUAGUGUUCUUCCCACUUCUCCUUUUAAUGUGAGUGUAAAAGGCUCUUAGUUUACGUUCUGAGGACACAAAUCAUAAAAUGUGCUUGCUUUUAUGUAGUCUGUGAGAUUCACUGCAGAUGGCUGAUCUUGAGUGUGCACUGGAGCACAUUAAAGUUUGGCUGAUACCCCAUUCUGCCAAAGAAAAUUGUACAUCAACUGACUACCUGUAUCAAAUACCCUUUACAGAAAUAUCCAAAGCUACUAAAUAUGGAGCUUAGUGCACAUUUUCUAUGAACAAUACUGUUUAAAAAUCAAGAGAUCACAAAUGGUAGUGUGAUUCUUGGUUAAUUAGUCUGUUCAGUUAUUUUUCCAGUAACUAAUUUGUUAGUUUUUCUACAGUGAGAAGUUUUCAAGGAAAUUUGUGGAGGGAGCGAAGUCCUUCAUUAAUGUGACACCACAGAUUUCCUCCCUCUGAUUCAUUGAUCCAUAUGAACAUGGAACGAAGACUCUGUUAGAAGCUUUUAGUAAUUCCUUGGCAAACAGGAAAGCUUAGGUUUUUACAAGCUGCCUGGAACUUUACAGUUAAGCAAUUAGUCACUGUUUUAAGUGUGAAGUAGGGAUAAACAUCAUAGCUUGUCCGUUUAAUGCUCUAAACUGAAGGAGGGAAGACAUUCUGGUCUCUCUAUAAUCUUGUGGGGAUCUCUGAAAGGGGAGUAGAAAUAGAGGAUUGGAAAAGGGAAGGGAUUUUAAUUGGAGAACCAACUGUUUAGCUUCCAGAAUCAACUUGAUCACUGGUGUUAAAAUUCUAAACAGAGAAUCAUGCUGUCAAAUAGUCUCCUAAUCGAAAGGUAGAAGUGUGGGGGAAUUGUGUAGACUCCAUGCUCCCUUAAAAAGGGGGGGGGCAAUUAGAAAGAGCUGAAAAGCUAGAGGCUUUGUAUGUAGUUUGGUGCUGUCUAUGCUGAUGUCCCUCCAGCGGUCUAGAGAACAAGAAAGGCCCUUUACAAAUAAAUAGUAGUAAUAAGGGUUCCUCUAUUAAACCUGCAAUCUGUCUUACUGCCCUCAGUGGAACCUGAUGUGUCUUAUUUCUUAAUACCUUGCCAUGGUGCUGAUCUACAUUUGGCAAGGAUGAUGAAGAGUUAGGAACUUGCCAAGGCAAGAUCCAUAACUCUAGCAGGGCCCUCAAGAUGUACCCUUGGUCUCAGAUGGGGCAUGGUAAUCCAAAGGAAAUAGAGGAUUUUUAAUGUUGCUUUGUAUUAUUAAAGAAUAACUUUUUACCUGGAGGGUUCUUAUUGAUAACAAAAAGUGGAACAGGUGUCUUGAACAUAUUUGUUUCACUACUAUCCUCAGAGUAAUUAGUCAUUUGCUCCUUACCUAAUGUUCUACAGUUGAGUGGUGGCUCUUUCAUUCUGUUGAGGAUUCUCCCUUUUAUACAAGAAAAAUCCUUAAUGUUGAGGUGGGGAAAAGCCAUUUGCAGUAUAGUCUUUCCUUUGAGAUUGGCUGCAGCACCAGUGGUGUUAGCCUAACAACUGUUUGGUAAUCUCACCCUUCAGCAUGUCUCUCUAAGUCAAGCUUGACAAAAAUUAAGAAAUCAUGUCUCCUGGAAACUGUUUUUCUUUUGAAGAUUAAGGUUAAACAUUAAGUCAAAUCUAGCUGAUAUCGUUUUAGAACAGUACUGCUGGAAUAAUUACAUGGUCUUUCAGUUCUUUUGCUUCAAGUCAUAAGAUGAUCAGCAACUGAAUUCAGGAAGGAAUAUCCCAUAUAUACUUAAUAAAUAGGAGUGCUAUGGGGUUUUAUGCCUUCCUCUGAAACAUCUGGUGUUAUAGUCAGUAUAACAGAGCAGAAGGACAGUAGAUACUCAAAUAUGGUAAUUUCUGUGUUCCUGAAGUCUUUAAUUUUACAGUUGCUUCAUUUAUUCUGUCUCUGUUCCCUCCCAAACUCAACCUAUAGAUCAGAAACCUCAUACUCAGCAUGCAUCAUAUACAUUUCCAUGAUGGGCUGCAAACACACAACCUUCAUCAUCACCCCAGACGGUGUCAGAAACUAACCUCAAUCCAUCAGUUUCACUGUACUCUCCUUGCCUUGCAAGAGGAUGUUUCUCUGUCUUGUGAGAGUAUCUGUGUGCCUAAUCCACCAAAGUUAUGGCAAUAUCAAGACAAAUGACUGUGGCAGAAAUGUGUUAGUCUUUUGUCAAUGCAUGUACAUUUUUAACAAUUGUCUAAUUUCAGAGGUUACGUUUUGUAUGGCAGUCUGUUUAAGCUAGAAAUACUCCUCUACCUGGUUCUGUCUGAAAGUGGGACUCUGUGAAGGCAUAUUAACGACAGCUCAAACUGGGUUGCUUUCAGUUUUGCUUUUAAAUAUUUUUAACGCUACUAAGUCACCUUUGUUCCCCUGUGCUUACUGGUCUUUGUAAUCAAUAUAUCCAAGCAGAGACUAUUGGGAAAUGUGAAUGUGAUCAGUAUGUUUCCUUUACACAGAUACUGCUCCCACAUUGUGUAUAUGCACAAGCAAGCAAACUAUACUGAGCUUUUAAUUUCUUAAAUAGCCCAUCUCUCAGGCUUGAUCUAGAGUAAGUUUUGAAGGUGUGCUGUUACAUGAGGUUGUAUAAAACAACCUAAUUAACACCAUAAAGACUAGUCAAGACAAAGUGAUUGUAUUUUAACACAUCCUAACCUGGUCAAAUCUAAAGUCUAGAUCCAAUAUAGCUUUAAAUCCUAGUUCAGACAACUGUGUUUCUGUGGAGCAAAUAAAUUUUACAGGAAAAUUAACUUAGUUUUAUACAUGUCUCUUUCUGGGAUCCACACACAUUUUUCUCCGCGUUUAUCUUUGGCAUGUUUUUGUAACUGUAGUUACUUAGGAACGAAGGAUGGGAAAUUAACAUACUGCUGCAUAGUUGUAGUCUCAACUCCUCACCACACAAGCUUGAACAGUGUAUGACCCACUGUGUAAAUUUUCACUACCGCUCCUUUGUCUGCAAAGCAUAGCCAGUGACUCUAGAAUACAGAUUCAUGGAAGAGGAAAAAUGGAGAAGUGCAGAUACAGGUGAAUAGCCUAUUUUUCAAAGCAAAAUUGCCAGUUGUGUGUGAGUAUGUGAGAACAGAGGGAGGAAGUAGCUACACUACUCAGAUUAGCUCUAUAGCAACAGUGAAGUACUAAUCACUAUUAGUACUGAACAAAACUUAUACUGAAUUUUUCAAAUGAAGUAUUUAAAACUGAUUUUUUUAAGAGAAAAAGGCAUAAGGAAAUAUAAUUGUUUUUGUUUUUUGUUUGCUUUGUUUUUGUAAAUGUAGUAUACCAACUAAAGCUCUGCUUUUCUAUUGGAAAGAGGCUUCUAGGUAUGUCAUUUCUUGGUAAGCGUCAAUGGUUAAUGGAUGAGUUUUCACUCAUGAAAAUAAUGUAAAUGAUUAGCUUUAUGUUGAUACUCUUGACCUAAUCAAAGGGAAGGUGUACUCAUAAGGGAUGUAAUUAUUUUGCAAUCUAGUGGGGGUGGGGGGGAAUCUACUUAAAACAAUUUUUAAAAAUUAUGAAAUCACAGAUGAUAUUUUUCUACAAUUCUAUACAAUCAUACUUUAUACUAGUUUCCUCCGCAUGGCAUGUAAGUGAGUCUAAGGUACAGUAGCAAAAAUUCAACUGUUCCUUUUGGCAGACAAUGAAAAUAGCAUCUUUCAGAUGCUUGGCACUGCUGUCGUAGAAUUGAAAUGCUAGUAAAAAGGUUAAAUAGUACUGAAUACUUAAAUGAUUGUUUUAUUCAGAGUAUGAUCUAGGAAAUUUUCUAAUCAUACUAUUAAUGUGUAAUCUAAACUGUUCCAGAUGUAACCAUGAACAGUCCUAGAAAGGUAUCAUUGCUUGCAUCCCUGUCAAGUGGCAGGUUUUGUAGUCUUUAAAGGAAAUUGAAAUUUAUACAGUGAAUAAAUUUUCAAACAUAUGAAAA